CGGCCGCUCCCCUGGAGUCUGAGCGCGCUCCGCACCCCUUCAGAGCUCCUAUUGGUCGUGGCAGACGUCCGUCGGCCGCUAUCCCCGCCCCAACGCGGAAGCGGCGGGGCCCUGGGGUUCCCACAGGCGGUGCGUCCGGGCCAUGGGGCAGCCCUGGACGGCUGGGGUCGCGGAGGGGGCGCCCGCGCGGCUGCCUCUCGUGCUCACGGCGCUGUGGGCCGCGGCCGUGGGCCUGGAGCUGGCUUACGUGCUGGUGCUGGGUCCCGGGCCGCCCCCGCUGGGACCCCUGGCCCGGGCCUUGCAGCUCGCGCUGGCCGCUUUCCAGCUGCUUAACCUGCUGGGCAACGUGGGGCUCUUCCUGCGCUCGGAUCCCAGCAUCCGGGGCGUGAUGCUGGCCGGCCGCGGCCUGGGCCAGGGCUGGGCUUACUGCUACCAGUGCCAAAGCCAGGUGCCGCCGCGCAGUGGGCACUGCUCUGCCUGCCGAGUCUGCAUCCUGCGUCGGGACCACCACUGCCGCCUGCUGGGCCGCUGCGUGGGCUUCGGCAACUACCGGCCUUUCCUGUGCCUGCUGCUUCAUGCCGCUGGCGUCCUGCUCCACAUCUCCGUGCUGCUGGGCCCUGCCCUGUCGGCCCUGCUGCGAGCCCACACGCCGCUCCACACCGCCGCCCUCCUCCUGCUUCCCUGGCUCAUGCUGCUCACAGGCAGAGUGUCUCUGGCACAGUUCGCCCUGGCCUUCGUGACGGACACGUGCGUGGUGGGCGCGCUGUUGUGUGGGGCUGGGCUGCUCUUCCACGGGAUGCUGCUGCUGCGGGGCCAGACCACGUGGGAGUGGGCUCGGGGCCAGCACUCUUAUGACCUGGGCCCCUGCCACAACCUGCAGGCAGCCCUGGGGCCCCGCUGGGUCCUCGUGUGGCUCUGGCCUUUCCUGGCCUCCCCAUUGCCUGGGGAUGGCAUCACCUUCCAAACCAAAGCUGAUGUGGCCUCCUGACUCCAGGAAGAGCCAGAACUGUACAGGGAGGGCCGAGGGGGAGGGGGCCCAGCCCCAGACUCAGCAGGGCAGUCGGUUGGCCUGUAAUGCCUGCAUUGGCGCCUCCAGCCCCUCCCUGGCCUUGCCUCUGCCCAGCUUGGACUCCUGUGUGUCCAGGGCUUGGGCCCUGCGACUCUGCCUUUUGGCUGAGGAGUGCAGAGGUGUGGCAGGGCUGCUCGGCCAGCCUAGCUGCCCCUUCGCCAGGUUAAUAAAGUGCACACUUGGUUC